AAAAUUGCCUUGUUGUGUGGAAGAGAGUGGGGGUGGGAGAGAGACAGAGAGAGCCAUGCCCUAAUUCUCUCCCAUUCGUAACGGAAUUUCAAAUCUCAUGCCCUAAAAACCGAACACAACUUCUACAACAAAAAAAAAGGGAGGAGCAAAAAGUCAACGUUCUCUUCAGUACCUGAUCGUGCCUCGUCUGGUCAGAUUCUUUUGGGGCAUAUUUUGUACUACUCUUGAUGGGUGCUCCUAAGCAGAAAUGGACACAAGAAGAGGAAGCAGCACUUAAAGCUGGAGUUAUUAAGCAUGGGGCUGGCAAAUGGCGUACGAUACUUAAAGAUCCAGAAUUUAGCGGUGUCCUGUAUCUGCGUUCAAACGUAGAUCUCAAGGACAAGUGGAGAAAUAUGAGUGUAAUGGCAAAUGGAUGGGGCUCCCGAGAGAAGGCUAGGCUAGCUGUUAAAAGGGUUCCACAGGUACCUAAACAGGAUGAGAACUCCAUGUCUCUGAGUUCUGUUGGUCCAAGUGACGAAGAAAUUGUGGAUGCUAAGCCUCUUGCAGUUUCUAAUGAUACGCUGCAGGUUGCCUCUUCAAAGAGAUCUAUUGUAAGGUUGGACAAUCUUAUAUUUGAGGCUAUUACCAGCUUGAAGGAGCCCGGCGGUUCUAAUAAGACAAAUAUUGCUACGUACAUAGAGGAACAAUAUUGGGCACCUCCAGACUUUAAGAGGUUAUUAUCAGCAAAGUUAAAGUAUUUGACAACAAAUGGGAGACUGAUUAAGGUUAAGCGCAAGUAUAGGAUCACACCUACUCCAGCAUUUUCUGACAGAAGAAGAAACUCUUCCAUGUUACAUUUGGAGGGAAGGCAGAGGGUUUUUCCAAAAGUUGAAAAGGAUGAUACACAUAUGUUUACGAAAUCCCAGAUUGAUUUAGAGUUAGAAAAGAUGAGGACUAUGACUCCACAAGAGGCUGCUGCAGCUGCUGCUCAAGCAGUUGCUGAGGCAGAAGCUGCGAUAGCAGAAGCUGAAGAUGCAGCAAGAGAAGCAGAGGAAGCAGAAGCUGAUGCAGAAGUGGCGCAAGCUUUUGCAGCAGCAGCAGUGAAAACUUUGAAAGGAAUAAGCAACCCGAAAAUGAUGAUCCGAGCUUGACAUAACAUUAUAAAUUCUCAAAAUGACCGAUAAGGAGCAACGGACCAGAGCACUUACUGACCAGAAAAUAAAAAAACUGGCACGCAUUUAUGUUCAAGAGCCAGCUAUAUGUUUGUCUUUUGCUGACGUUGUCUGUGCUUGUAAAUAUGGUAAGGCGAAGCUUUGACAGGCAGAUGCUGGAUUUACCUUACCAGCAAAUCUUGUUCAACUGGUAGAUUCCGUGAACAGCUCCUUUUCUUUUACAGUUUGGAGUAUGUAGAUUAGUCUUUCCGUUUUCUGAACAUUCUGGUUUGUGGCCAAUGUUGACCACCUUUUUUUAACUUAGAAAACGCACCAAAAUGUAGAAACUAUAGUGUACAAAGAAAUAGAAAGAGGUGGACUUUCAUCGGAUUGAGAUCAGUCAUGUAGUCAUAAUUUACCUUGUUUUCUGAACCUUUGAAAUAUGAGUAAAUUUAUCAUUUGAUUUUCUA